AUGGUGGUGGGCGGCUCUUCCCAGAAGGAGAACCGCUCUCCGGGGCCGAGCGACACCGUGAAACGCUUUCCUUACGGCCGCGUCCCGAAGGGGACCCUCAGUAUUUGGGGCGGGGGUCCUCACUGUGCUGCUGUUCCCCGCAGUGACGCAGGGGUGGAGCAGCCGCCGCCUCCAGCGCUGGAUGCAGAGACCACCGUCACCCCCUCACCUGUUGCCACCCCUGUGCUGGGGACUGUGGGGCGCAGGCCCUGCUUGGCCCGCAGGGUGCCCGCCCGUGGCCCCCCCUCUGCCAAAGGACCCUCACCUCUGAGUACAGCAGGGACCCAGACAGCACUGCUUUGUCCCCUCCAGGAGAGUGCAUCCAUGGGACUGAGGGUCCCCAAGAAGAAGAAGAACGGCACCCCAGGCUCCUCCAGUGCUGGCUUGACUCUCUGUGUCUCUGUCACCAAGAACAUGCGUUCUGCCCCCCGCACUCAGAGCUCCCUCCGCACGCCGUGCCUCACCCCUUGCAUCUCCCAGCCACGCGCCCUGCAGGUGGGGGCCAGCUUGAGCACUAGGAAGGGGUCCCGACCUGCCCCCUCAGCCCCUGCUGAUGGCGUUGUCCCCUCGGAGACCCCCUUGCGCUGGCGACCGGCUGUGACCCCCCAGUCUGACCCCAGUGCGUACGCUGCCAUCAAUAACAACAAUCUGUCCCCAUCCUGGGACAAGGUGGUGGUGCAGCUCUUCAAGGGGAACGAAGGCCAGCAGGAUGUUAAGGUGAUGAUGGCAAAUCCCAGCAGCACCCCGGACCUCAGCAAGACACAGCGUGCAGCCCUACUCCUGCAGCAGCUGAUGAAGAUGGUGCAGGACCGACCGGAUGCUGUAGCGGCGCUGACGGAGCUGUGGGGGCUCAUGACCGAGUUGGGGGUGGACCCCAUGCCCCAGGACCCCCUGGACACCCACAGCCUCUCCUCGUAACUGUGACCUACGUGGGGGUUGAGCUGCAACUCUGUGAACAAAGGGAAUGGGUGAGGGCACAGGCAGACCCUCCUGGUGGUGGCCAAGUGGCUGCUGGGGGGUACAGAUGGCCCCCUGCAGCAGGCAGACUCCCCCCUCCAUGCAGGGCAGUGUGGGCGUUCUGGGCACAAAGAGUGUGGGAGUUGGGGGGG